CAAUGGCUUAAUUUCCGGAUAUUAUUAAACCCCCGAUUUCGUUAAAUGGCAAUGAGUAUAAACUCAAAUUUAGCCAUAAUCCAGUAAAUUAUUAAUAAACCCCCAAAUUGCCACUAAACGCUUUUUCCAUAUUUCACAAUUACGUCACAUACCAACCUACGGGUAAACGUCACGCUCCAAAGAAGUGUUUCAUACAAAUUUAACCCCAUAAGAGAAACAGACCAAACGCCUGCGAGUAUAUAAGCCUUGUCGGCUAUGGCGCGCCAAGUAGAUACCUGUUUUCCGCGCUCAGAGCUGGCUGGAUAGGAGCGAACGAGUUGAAACCAUUCCAUCACACACAAUGCAUAGGAUCGACAGCAGGCGAGUGCAGGGCGCGGCCAGCGCGGCGAGAAUUCUCGCACUGCUUCUCAUCAUAUGUCUCGCCGAGUGUGCGACAGAACAGAGAGUUAACAGAGUAGGUAGCAAGUCGGCUGGACUCUAUGAGAAAGUCAACGGGUGGCGAAGUCAGCGCGGAGGAUCGUGUCUAAGUUACGGACAUUCAUGUUGGGGAGCGCACGGCAAGCGGUCCGCCAAGCCCCCCACCGCUGCUCCCGACUGGUACCUCACCCGUCUCCUUAGGCACAUGGCUGUGAACGCUGAAAUGAACCGCGCCCGACAGGAGCCAACGAACGACGAUAUCAACGCCAUCUUCCAGAUGGACGUGCCAGACGACUCGCAACCCAACAGACUUAUGAAUGUAAACGAAGACCCCGCAGAUGUGGGCGCCAUGAAGCCUGAAGCUAUUCCGAUGUUGGAUGACGACCUUCUCUCCAAGAUGAAACUCUGGAAGAUUAUGAGGAACGCGGCUAACGAGAAAUGAAUAGAAAACUACAAAAAACAAAUGGACUGAUGUUGUUUUCUAGCUUCAUUUGAUUGUUUCAUAUUGUUACUGUCUAUAACCCCAAUACUCUGGUAAUGGAACAUUGUUGUACUGUAAAAUAAGAGUAGCGUCAAUUGUAAGGCUGGGUUGCAAUUGACAUUAUGUACAUAAAUAAAAGUGAUGUGCCAUUCUGAAUAAAGUAAAUUUUAAAAAGGAAGCUGGUUUCAUGAUAUUCACUUAGGGCCUGUUUCACAUAAAGUCCUGAAUAAGCUACUUGCCAUUUAUCUGACGAAUAAUGUCAUCGUUGGCUUUUCACAAUCU